AAAUUUGAAUAUGGGAACUUCAGAAAAAAUUCAAAGCAAAUGGUUCAAUCUUUCCCUGACCGGGACGUUGUCUAACAACAACACCUUUGUGAGAAGGUAUUCAGAACAAUCGGAACUCGGCGGUGUUCUCCUUGGCAAGAGCAAAGGUCCGGCCAGUCGAAUCAAGUCGAAAGAAAACCGGCCAAAUGAAGCGGCCACGAACAGCAGUCGAAACAGCAGUGGGACCAGUAGUCAAAGAAAAAAGAAGAGGACCAUUAACUCCGAAAUUCUCGAGAGUAGAAUCGAAUGCCAGAGUGAAAAGUGCGACCAGAAGAACGUAACAGACUCUCCCCGUAUGCGGGAGUUCUUUAAAGAAGUACAACAGCGGGAACUCAAGCAAUACUACCUCCAGAUGAGGGCCUCCCAAAGGAUGAGAAUUGCCCCGAACCCCUUGUGUCCGGACUGGGGACUGGCAAAGCGAACGGAGAGGGAUAUUGCGCAUAAUGUAUACUGCAGGGGACCCCAGAGAUUGUGUUCAAGGCAGGGGAGAUGGGCUGGCGAUGGAGAGAGCUCUUCCGGAGCACAUUCAAUUGAACCUUGUAUAUGUCGGAAGUAGCUCCCUUGAAAUCCCCUAUCCAGCUCUCUAUGCCUUUGCUGUCAGCGUCCGUUUCAGUGUUCGUUCAUUCGGGCUCAGUCGGCACACAAUCAAAAUCCCCCGUACAGGAAACCCCGCGUUCCGAUUUUCCCGCACGGAUUCCACAACUUCCACUGGCCCUAAGAUGUACUCCCUUCCAAAACAAGAGUCACAGGGGACUCAGACCAUACCGCAGCCGGCCCCGAAGCCCAUAUGCGUACCGCUUCUGAUGGUCGACGAGGAUGGAAAGAAACGCUACUGCUACCAUGGCGGCAAGUGCCGAUGCGAGACUUGUGAGAAGAUGCGCGAGCAGCAGGCGGAUGAACUAGACGCGCAGCUACUCGCCGUCCUCCCACAUAGUCGCUUGAAGCUGGAGCCGGCGUUGCAUCAGGUGAGGCCGAAGCAGUACCGCUUGGAGGCCAUUUACGCCAAGCCCGAGUUGGCCGAGUAUCUGAAGAAGGAGCACGAGGAGCUGCGCAAAAAGUAUAGGACCUACUAUCUGCCCGAUAAGUACUACGAGAUGAAUGCAUGGAGGAUCCCCGGUCCGCAGCACAAGCAGACCCAGACGGAUGUCCGGAUCGGCAACUACGGCAUCGACGGUUGUCCGUGCGUCGACAAAUCUCUCUGCUGGGACAUAUAGUCUUUGGGUUGGUUGAAUUGUGGGAGGAAAGGGGAGGAUUGAUCUGUGGAACCAGGUUAACAAUAAAGAGUGCAGAUUGAGAAGCGGAA